UGGUAUUUAGAUGAAUUAUGCGUAGCUCACAUAUAUAGCGGCAGCAGACCACUGAUCGAGCACAGUCGUGAAGUUGACUCGAGCUCUCUCACACCAACUUCUGAUCUGUGCCUGUCCCUUCUCAACCAUGGAACCUAUCAUCAGCUCAUCAACCUACGUCCUUAUCGCCAUUCUGGCCACAGUCCUCACAACCAUCCUUCUGGACUACUUUCGGCGUAGGAAAGUAGUGAUGAAGAUUCUGGCUAAGAGUGGACUUAAGGAGCUUCCUGGACCACGGGCAUGGCCCAUCAUAGGCUCCCUACACCUCAUGGGGGGAUACGAGGUACCUUAUCAAGCUUUUGGAGUACUCGCUCGUCGCUUCGGCCAAGUGUUCCGCUUACAACUUGGAACUCAGCCCUGCGUUGUCGUCAAUGGACUUGACAACAUUCGGGAAGUGCUCAUGGCUAAAGGAACUCACUUUGAUGGCCGACCAGACUUCCAGAGAUUCCAUCAGCUCUUCAGUGGUGACAAAGAGAACUCGUUGGCAUUUUGCGACUGGUCCGAUAUUCAAAAGACACGCAGAGAGAUGCUUCAAGGUCACACCUUCCCCCGAGCUUUCACUUCUCGCUUCCACCUUCUGGACUCCAUCAUAAGCCAGGAGUUAACCGUGAUGAAGCAACGUCUGUCUGAGCAGCCAACACACAUCAAACCGCUGCUGCUGCCAGCUUGUGCCAACAUCUUCACUUCAUACUUCUGCAGCAAACGCUUUCGAACUGACAACACUGCAUUUUUAAAGAUGGUGCGUAACUUCGAUGAGGUCUUCUACGAGGUCAAUCAAGGAUGUGCUGCAGAUUUCCUCCCUUGGCUGCUUCCCUUCCACAGCCGCAGGCUCGGCAAGAUGGCCGAGUGGAGCCACGAGAUCAGGAGAUUCGUCGUGUCUUCAGUUAUGGAAGAUAGGAUGGAAUCCUGGACUGAGGGCCAGGAACAGAUGGAUUUUGUUGACACUUUAAUUGAUCAUAUUCAAAGCAAACGCCAACCAGAGAUGCCAUACAACACCGCACUCUUCGCCCUGGAAGAUAUAAUUGGUGGACAUUCCGCAGUUGGUAACUUCAUCAUUAAGAUACUGGCCUACAUCGCCACCAAACCUGAAGUCCAAAGGAGGAUACAAGAGGAAGUGGACAGUGCGACGAUGGGAACUCGAGACGUCACCCUCGCAGACCGAGCCAUCAUGCCUUACACUGAGGGAACUGUGAUGGAGGUUAUCAGACUCAUAGCCUCACCCAUCGUGCCGCACGUUGCUACCCAGGACAGUUCAAUUGCUGGAUUCCAAGUAAAGAAGGACACACUGGUGUUUCUCAACAACUACGAGCUGAGCAUGAGCCCCAAGUUAUGGUCAGAACCGGAGGCCUUCAAACCAGAGCGUUUCAUCUCACCAGAGGGCCGAGUGGUCAAACCAGAGCACUUCCUGCCCUUCGGAGGUGGGCGUCGCUCCUGCAUGGGGUACAAGAUGGUACAACUGAUCUCUUUCUCCACUGUCGCUUCCAUCCUGCAGAGCUUCCACAUCCGGCCAGUGGAGGGACACAGCUACAAGGUUCCCAUCGGCAACCUGGCUCUCCCUCACGACACCUUCUGCUUCAACUUCGAGAAACGAUAAGUUCGAGAAGUUUUGACCAAUUUCCAAUCCAAAAAUUGUACAUAAAAGUAUAGGCUGCACUAAAAUCUUAGAUUAAGGUACAAAAUACCAUUAAGUCUUUCAUCUUCUCUUUAAUGUAUAAGAAAGAACCGUAACCUUAAUUUAAGUUCGAACAAACAUAUCGAUUAUUGUGAUUAAGUGACAAAUAGUUAGUUAUGAUAGGAUAGAAUUAUUUAUUUAUUUCUGUUAUUCUACACACAUCGAGUGUGAUGAACAUAGAUUUACUUUCAAAGUUUUGUAACUGACGAUGUACAACUUUAUAUUUUAUAUUUUGUAGGUUAGAUUUUAUAUCUUUAACAAAUGCACUGUACAUAACUCCUACUAAAAGAUAAGAAUAGAAAUUAUGUAGAAAAUUUGAUUUGUAUAUUAAGACUCAAAUUCGUUAUAUACAUGUACCUAUUAAAAAUUAACUGAUUUUUACAAAAACAGUAUAGAGCAAAAUAUUUAUCCAAGUAAAACUAAGGUCAAUCAUAAAUUCCAAAAUAUAUUGAUUGUAUCACUGGAACAAAUAUCAGUGAAAUAUUAUAUCCUACUUUAAUAGUAAUAGUAAAACUUAAAUAAUAUAUAUUUUAUUUUAUGUUUUGAUGUACAUUUAGUAUUAAGUUUUUUUUAUUUCUAGAAUAAUUUUAGUUAGGGAUGUUUUUCUCAAAGUGCGGUAUUUGUUCCUAAGACUUGUACUAGGUGGUUGUUGUAUUUAAAUGUAUUUUUUGUAUUUAUUUGUACAUAGAGUUCAUCACUAUGUGAUAUAAAUCAAAUAUUUUUAUAUUAUGUCAUUUUUUAUGAUCUACUAUAUUUAAUUACUUGUUUCCAGCUUUAAUAUACUUUGCCAAAGACUGAUUAUAGAGUAGUAUUAGUUUUUAUAUUUCUUUACACUGCCUGAAUAUGAUACUGUAAUGUUCGUUGUACUGGUUUUAUAGGGAUAAUAAUUAAUAAGAUUAUAUACUUUAUUGUAUCCAAGCCAAUAU